AUGCCACUACUCGCCUUCCCAGAAGGAAUUAUUACGAGUGGAGAAAAGGCGUUGAUCAAGUUUAAUACCUGGUGUUUCGAGGUGUCGCCUAUCGUCCAACCAGUUUCCGUCCGUGUCUGGCGUCCGUAUCCAUGGAAAAUCGCCGUCUCGGUACUCGGUUCCACGUGGUGGACUGAUCUCUUCUACUUUUUCGCCCUCCCAUUCACAGUCAUCUCUGUUGAAUAUUUGCCGAAAAUGGAGAAGAGAAAUGAGGAAUCACUCGAAGAAUUCACGAAUCGCGUCGCCGAGACUCUCGCCAAAAAUCUCAAAAUUUCCGUGUCGAAAUUCGGAAUUUCAGACGCUUCGGAGGCGGCGAAACGAAUGAGAACCGAUAGGGAGAGAGCAAGAAAAGUCGUCGUCAAGGAGAAGACGACGCCCCGACUAAUCGACGCCCGUCAAAUGGAUGAAUGUGCGAUGAGAAUCAAACAAUCAUUUCCCUCAUUCCAUUUGUCUGCAAUUCGACGUGAUCUGGAGAAGACUCGUAGUCAAACGGCCACUGUUAACAAUUUGAAAACCGGAAAAAUCGCCGUCUCGGAUACCGAUGGACACACUGGAAAGGUAACAUUGGACGCCUCCUCUUGGCGUGGAGUAUUCGACAACCGAAAAUGGCAAAUGAUCGAGUCAAACCGUCAGAAGUACAUGAAUCGUGAUGAUAAUUAA